ACACGUUCCAGUUCAUAUCAUAACGCUACGGUGAAGGUAUAUUGUACUUGGAGCUUUUAACGGAUUAGUGAGAAGUUAAUUUUAAAAAUUUAUUUUUCUCUACACUUAACAUCUGUCCAUAAAAUACAUGUCUGUGAUCACGUGGGAUCAUGUCGAUAAUCCACAAACUUCACUAACAGAGAAACAACUAGAAUCAGUAUUCCUGCUGAACUCAUUAAAUUCAACCCAUGGAGAAGCAUCUAGUGAUCAGUCGGACAAGCGUCAAGAUGGAAAUAAUACACAAGAGCAUUUGUGUGUGCAUUUAGCCUCUCAUUUUUAUUCGUGGCUAUCGUCUGUUGAGCAAAAUUUGAGCACUGAAACAUCUGAAGUACCGAGUGAAUUUCUAAGCUUCAUUUCGGGCAGAAAAGCUGAAUGUCUGAAAGUUUUAAAAAUUGUUGAAGAAAUACUCUCAAAAUUAUCUGUUUUGGAAAACAAUUACUUGAGUAUUUCACAAACUACUAAUGAGCUACAUGAAUUAUGCGAACAUCUACUAAGACAACAGAAUGAAAUGGUUGAAUAUGCCGGUUCAAUUGAAGAAUGUUUGGUCAAUUUUGUUCAGGUGGAUAUGAUUAGGACUGAACUUGGAGUAACUAAUUUCGUUGUUUCUCGAGAGAAGUUGUUACCAAUUUUAAACAAGCUGGAUUCAAGUUUAAUUUACUUUCGGGAUCAUCCACAUUUUAAAGAAUCUCCAAACUAUUUAGCUAAAGUGAAAUCUGCACUGAAAUUAGCUCUUGGACUUAUUAAAACCACUGUAACAAAUACCAUCGAAAGAACAAUAAAUGAGCUUCUGGAUUUACAUGAUGUUAUCAGUCCUGAAAAUUCAUUUAUUUUACUGUAUGGAAGAUUCCGUUCACAUGGACCAAAAAUACGGUCUUUAAUGACGUUACUCGAAGAAAGAGUGCAUGUAACUGAUGAAUAUGCACAGGUUAUGCAGGAAUGUCAUAAAUUUUAUCUGCAUCAUCGAGAAGAACUUUUAACACCAGUUGCACAAAACGGAGUUUCAGAGUUAGUUCAGAAAUAUCCUGGUGAUCAUUGUGCUCUACUGCGUACUGCUGGAGCAUUUAUGUUACAUAUGUGUGAAGAUGAAAUGCGUUUGUUCAACCAGUUCUUUUCUUCUCAAUUCGCAAAAUCUAUCAAUCAGAUGUUGUCCAAAUUAUGCAGAUGUUUAUAUGACGCUAUUAGACCGCUUAUAAUUCACAUUAAUCAUGUAGAAAUUCUCUCUGAAUUAUGUGAUAUAUUAAAGUAUGAAUUAAUUCAUCGUGAUGAUCCUAAUACCACAAUUACUAGUACUACACCGGAUAUGUUAGCAUUUUCCGACCUUUGUGCAGUGCUGUUGGCUGAUAUUCAAGAGAGAUUAAUCUUUCGUGCUCAUAUCUAUGUUAAGUCACAAAUCCUCGGCUUUAUUCCAAGUCCCGGAGAUCUAUCAUAUCCAGAAAAAUUAGAAAUGAUGGAUGACAUAGCAAAAAGUACUGCGAAACCUGUAGAUCCAAGCGAUUCAUCGGAUAAAGUAAAAGAGCCUACUGAGAUGUCUGACUCCACUCAGACAUCGCCUACAUCAUCAGAAACAGUUGCAGAAGCUCAGCCUACAUCUUCUGAUUUGGCAGUUCAACCAGGACCUAACAUGUCUCUUGCUCCAGCGGAUUUACAUGGUAUGUGGUAUCCAACAGUUCGACGUACCUUGGUAUGUCUCUCAAAGCUCAGUCGCUGUUUAGAAACUGACUCAUUCCGUGGUUUAGCCCAAGAAUGUGUGUCAAUGUGCGUUCAGUCGUUGGUGAAAGCAAGCGAUGCAAUCAGCCUUCGUCGGACAGAACUUGAUGGACAAUUAUUUCUCAUUAAACAUCUUCUUAUACUUCGUGAACAAAUGGCACCAUUCAGUAUUGAGUUCUUAGUCAAGGAGACUAGUUUGGAUUUUUCCCCAUACAAAAAUAUUGGACGUCAUAUUUGGGAACAUAGAGGAGGUGGUUUGUUUUCACUCAGUCGAGAGAAUGCAUUAUUGAGAUUUUUGUUGGAAACUCCAAAUGCGAUUGAUAUUGAAGUGGAUUCUAGGCGUCAGUUGGAUAGUCAAUUAAAAUAUACAUGUGAAUUACUUAUUGAACAACAGGUAGCACAAUUAACAGGUGAAAUGUCAAAUUUCCUUAAAAGAGCCUAUUCAGUCUUAGCUGCUCCAGGUGUUCGUCUUACAGAUCAAUCUUUUGCGUAUGCAUCGUAUGUAAAAGACAUUGUUUCAAAUGCAAAUCGAUUACUUUGUAUAGCUCUUGGACGUAGUUCAAAUUCGAACCGUUCUGAUGUUGGUAAACAUUCUGUACCAUCCAAUCUUAGAAAAGCAUUACACAUUUAUUUGGCCAAUCCAGAUACAGAGAGUAUUUUAUUACGUCGUAUUCAGUCAGGUGUUCUGUCACAGUGGAGAUCGAUGUAUCAGUUAUUAACUGAUCAUUACAGUGAUGAAGAUCGUAUGAUAAUUGGGUGUCCUACUGAAAGUCAGAUCCGUCUCUUAUUUCAAGAUAUUUGGAUUCCAUGACCUAUAAUUAAAUCGACUUUGUAUUUGACAGUGAUUCAUUGUGACUAUUUGUUUCGCCUUGUUUCACUGAUUCAUCUGUGAUUUCAUGGUGACUGUUUUCCAACAAAAAUCAGGGAGAACCAACAGUAACUGAUUGAAAAUUGAAAUGACAACAUUUCUAUCAUAAACCAAACAAUCUAUUUUUUUCUCAAUUAGACGUUGAAAACAAAAGAGUAUAUUAACAUAAUAUACGACUAAACUAUACAACACUUUCACAUCGGCGUGUUAGAAAAAUGACUAACCGUUAAAAAUAAUCAAUACUUGCUCAUAAUAUAAAUAAACAGUGUGUAUUAAGCAAUGUAAAGUGGAAAAGCAGGCUAAUGAAACAGUACAUUGAUUCAAUUUCUCCUUAUGUUGUCAUAACGCACAUACACGCAUACGCACACACACACACACACAAACAGGCAUACAUGCACACAUAAAUGCAACAUGGAUACAUACUACCUUCAUUCAGGCAUACAUGCAUAUAGGAUGGUCACUAGAAGAAAUCGUUUAAUACUUGAGAGUAGAAAAAAUAGCGGUUAUUGGUCGACACACUGAAGUGAAAACAGAUGUUUUGUCCUUUCUUCAAAUUAUUGUUAGUGUUGUUGGUUGUGGUGUUGGUCGUGGUGCUGGUAGUUGUCAUGGUGACGCCUGUGGUGGCUGUAGUGUAAGUAUAAAAGCAAUACAAUCAGGUGUUAAUUACGUCUACGUUCCAAAGCUGCUUGUUUCAGGGUGUAAACUUUCUUGUAUAAAUAUUAGUAAAAAUCAUCAUCAUAAUAAAUGUUUGUCAACGUUGUUAAGAAAUAAACUAUAGAAAAGUGUUCCAGAAGAGAUUUGUGCAUUGUAUUUUGGUUACAAUGUCUUAGAAUUAACGAAAAACACUAACAACUUGUCUAGCAAAAACAUUUUGUUCAAUAAUUUUCUAGCAAACAACAUAAUUGGCAAGUCGCCAUUUUAGGAUAAAUAAAUAAAACAAGGGAAGAGAGGUUUGACAGCUCAUCAUCACCGGGAAACGCUUCUUCUAAAGCAGCUUUUUCGUCCUCUUUUCUGUCAAAUUCUUCAGAACUAUAAAGAAAAAUUCAAACCAAUAAAGAACAAUACAGUUUCUUGUUUAAUCCCAUUAUUAUCUCCAUUGACGAAUUAAUAAAUAUAUAAUGAGUGAAAGAAAACAUUUGAAUAUCUUAAUAUUUCUGUGUGUGUGUGU